UUAUUUGGACACAGCUGACCGCUUGAAGAAAUAAACCAGGCUAGGCUAGCAGGACAGAUAGUUAGCAGCAGCACGGAGAGCAGGAACACGGUCGGGCUUCAGCUCAGUGAGGGGGACAGCGGAGACCGGACAGGAGCGACUCUUUCCCUUCCAGCAAUGCGAACGCUGAGUGUCUCCUCCAGCUAACGUCAACGGCGUCCCGACGGGCAGGGACUGCUCCGAGGCGACGGGAGAUAAAAGGCGACAUCAAAAAAGGGGAAGGGUUAGCUCUGUUUCAAUGUUAUUGUCAAUUCAGAACCACAUAUGGUCACAAUGUCCUGCACUGGCAACCUGGUUUGGGAUGUAAACAAACGCCUAAUUGGAUACAGCGAGCCUAACGCCAUCAGGACCAACUAUUUAGGUAGAAGAGAAUUUGUCCAGAGGCUUAAACUCGAAGCAACACUGAACGUACACGAUGGCUGCGUCAACACUAUAUCAUGGAACGACACGGGUGAAUACAUCCUGUCAGGGUCGGACGAUACCUUCCUGGUUAUCACCAACCCUUACAACAAAAAGGUCAAGAAGUCUAUACGUUCAGGUCAUCGGGCAAACAUCUUCAGUGCGAAGUUCAUGCCCCACACCAACGAUCAGGAAAUUGUCUCCUGCUCUGGAGACGGCAUCAUCUACUACACCCACACUGAGAAGAGUCCCGAGUACAACAGACAGUGUCAGUUCACCUGCCAUUAUGGAACCGCUUAUGAGAUUAUGACGGUACCGAACGACCCCUACACGUUCCUGUCCUGCGGGGAGGACGGCACGGUGCGAUGGUUUGACCUUCGCAUGAAAACUAGCUGCACUAAAGAAGACUGCAAAGAUGACAUCCUGAUAAACUGCAGAAGAGCAGCGACCUCCAUAUCAAUUUCUCCGCUGGUGCCGUACUACCUGGCCGUGGGCUGCUCCGACAGCUCGGUGCGAAUCUACGACAGACGCAUGCUGGGCACAAGAGCGACGGGUAAUUACAUGGGCCGGGGAACCACGGGCAUGUGUGUUCGGUUUGUUCCCGCUCACCUGUCCAACAAGUCGUGCAGAGUGACCUCUCUCUGCUACAGCGAGGACGGUCAGGAGGUGCUGGUCAGCUACUCCUCCGAUUACAUUUACUUGUUCGAUCCCAAAGAUGACCAGGCUCGAGAGCUAAAGGGCCCGUCGGAGGAGAGGAGAGAGGAGCUGAGGCAGCCUCCAGUGAAGCGCCUCCGUCUACGAGGUGACUGGUCUGACACUGGACCCCGAGCUCGCCCUGAGAGCGAGAGGGAGAGAGAUGGGGAGCAGAGUCCAAACGUGUCUCUGAUGCAGAGGAUGUCGGACAUGCUGUCCCGGUGGUUUGAGGAGGCCAGUGAAGCCCAGAGUAGCAGAGGAACCCGACCUCAAACGCGACCCAGAGGUACAGCUCUUCGUCCCGAGGGGACGUUGAAUGCUCCGGCUGCCGCAGCAGGCAACUCUAGUCAGGAGUCCAGCGCCCCCGAGAGGCCUGUGGGGACGGACUCCCCAGAGGUACCUGCCAGUCCCGCAGCGGCCACCACUGCGCCCAUGCCUAAAUCCACCUCCUCUUCCUCCUCAGGGUCAUCAUCAACAGUCACAGCACCUCCUCCUUCAAGCUCAUCGUCAGUGGAGACCUCGGCCACUUCUUCCUCCCCUCUCACGUCGUCCCCCGACUCAGAGCAGCGGAGUCAGGGCGACACAACCGGGACCCCGACGCCAACGGCCACGGCCACGCCCACCUCUGAGCCCACACUCUCAGAGUAUGGUCCUCAUCGGCUGCCCAUAAGUUUAGUGUGUAGGCGUUUGCAGAGGUUGCUCCGGCUGGCCGACCCACCUGGACGGGGUCGGCGAGCGGCCCCUUCUUCUUCUUCUUCUUCACCUUCUUCUUCCUCUGCAGCCCCUGAGAGACAGUCGCAAAGAGCUGCUACCUCUGCCGCUGCUGCUCCUGAGAACCAACCCCGUACAGAUUCCCCCUCGUCUGUGGUAAACAAACAGCUGGGAUCCAUGACUCUUGAUGAACAGCAGGUAGCAGCCGAAGCUACAGCUUCACCUGCUGAUGAAUCUGCUGCUGCACCAGCCAGCAGCAUCCCAUCCAUCUCCACCUCCACUUCCACCAGUCGACCCAGUGCAGCAGAGCCCGUCCUCAGCCUGCACUACAGCUCAGAGGGAACCACCACCAGCACUAUCAAACUGGACUUCACUGAUGAGUGGAGCAGCAGCACGUCCAGUUCGAUGGGCAGUGGAGGCCCCAAAACAUCAGAAGCUGCAGCUGUACAGAGCAGAGAGUCUCUGUUGACAGAGAGCUCGGCAUCAGAGCAGGAGCCAGCAUGUGAUGCCUCCUGCUCCAGUGCCCCCAGCAGCUCAGCAGCUCAGGUUCCAGCAGAGGGCUCCUCUGAGGGAGACAGCAUGGCGUCUUCGCCGCAGGAGAGGAGUCAGCCGGAAGGUACAGAGGACAGGUCAGGGGGCUGUCGGCGAGCAGAGCCCUCUACAGAGGAGGGGCAAGAGGGCGUGGAGGGCCAGAGUCAGCCCGCACGUGGCAACCAGGACUCUGAUGACAGUGAUGAUGAUCCUAUUCUUAUCCCCCCCUCAAGGUUCAGAGGACAGGGGCAGAGAUUUAAUUCCAGAGGAUCUGCAGUAGGAGAUAGGAUGAUCAGACAAUCAGCAGCAGCUCGUAUUCAGGAGCUGUUCCGCAGGAGGAAAGAAAGGAGGGAGAUGGAGGAGAGCGAGACUCAGAAUAUCAGGAGACCUUCAGUCAAAAUGGUCUACAAAGGCCACCGCAACUCCAGGACAAUGAUAAAGGAGUCGUGUUUCUGGGGCAACAACUUUGUGAUGAGUGGUUCAGACUGCGGGCACAUCUUCAUCUGGGACAGACACACCGCAGAGCACCUCAUGCUACUUGAAGCCGACAACCACGUGGUCAACUGCCUGCAGCCGCACCCCUACGACCCCAUUCUGGCUUCUUCAGGGAUAGAUUAUGAUAUCAAGAUUUGGUCGCCACUGGAAGAAUCGCCGUCUUUCAACAGAGUCCUCGCUGAGGAGGUCAUCACUCGGAAUGAGCUGAUGUUGGAGGAAACGAGAAACACGAUCACAGUCCCGGCCUCUUUCAUGCUUCGAAUGUUGGCCUCCCUCAAUCACAUCAGAUCAGAUCGGGUAGAAGGCGAUCGCUCCGAAGGCUCAGGCCAGGAAAACGAGGACGAGCAGUAGCCAGCUGGAAUUUUAUUUUAAAAUAAACACUAUUUCUUCUUGCUGUAUAGCACUUGAAAAAUACCCGAGAUUUGUACAAGUAUAGUGUAGAAAAACUUCCUUUUGAAAAUUAGUGUAAUUUCUAGCCCCUUGUGUUUUUUAAGAAGACUUUCUUACUGAUGUGUCUGUAUGAGGAUAAACUAUAUUUGUGUGAAUGUAAAGGCAAGGACGUCAAAAUAUAAGUGUGAGGAAAAGUGGCGGCUGGUGUGAAAGGUUAAGUGCAAUAUUAUUUUGUUAGGAGAAGGUGAGCUUUGAUCAGUGUUAACGUUUGACGUUUUUGAAACUGUAGCACGGCGCUGAGAAAUGUUGAUGUGCUGCUCCGGCAGUUACGCAUGUGAAUACAGACAAAGUAAAACACGGAUGCUUUAAAUUUCUUGUUGAUGAAGAAGAAGAAAGGGGGGGCCGGGGGAAGAAAGCUGUGGAUCUUCUCCCCAAAAAUAUGUUUUACAAAACCUGGAAAAAAUAAAAAAUAAAGUCGAAUGGUAUCUCAAAUAUAUCUGCACUUGGGUUUGGAUGGAAAAUUUAGACUAAGUGUUCGACUUCAGCAACAGACGGCACCUGCUGACAGAUACUGACAGCUGGCGUGGGUGUACAGAGCAGCUGAUCUUGGGUCAAACCUGUGUCAUACAGCUCUACUGAACAGCUGCUCUGUUAGUCCAAACCCAGUUUCCUGUGGAAACCAGUGUAUGGACGAGUAAUCCCUGUGACUCGUCAAAGUGAUUCAUUCUAUAGCACCUUUUGAGAUAAACAUCACAAAGCGCUUUACAACAAAAUACAAAAACAUAAAAAAGUUAACCCACCUCAAGCCUAAAAAGAUGAGGAGACCACAGAGUCCACAGAUCUCAAGCUCAGAGGGAGAGUGUUCCAGAGCCGGGGUGGGGGCUCCUUUUACCUCCAUGCAUCCCUGCUGGGCAUGUAUGGGUGUAAAGGUUUGCUGAUGUAAUCUGGUGCUGGUCUGUGAAGAGCUCUAAAAGUGAAAAGCAGAUUCCGAUUCAAUGGGGAGCCUGUGCGGCUGGCUCAGCAAUGGUGUGACGUGAGAACUUGGAAUAUGUAGUGAGAAGCCUUGCAGCAGCGGUCUGAGAAACCUGCAGAUGUUCCAAGAACAUUUUUGGUUAGACAAGUAAAAAUACAAUUACAGUAAUGUGAUGAAAUAAGUACAUGAAUAACAAUUUCCAGUUCAGAGCAUGACUCAAUGGGACUUAACUUGGCAAUAAUUUACAAGUGAUUAAAAACAAGAGUGAACCAGAAGUUUGACAUGUACAAAAUGAAAUCUGAGCCAAAGAUUACUCCAGGCUGCCUGAUAGAAAAGAGAGCAGAUUUAGCUAAUUUUGCAAAGAAGACCAAGAGCGUCUUUUACCUUAGGCCCAAAUCUGGGGCCAAACAACAACUUUUUCUUUAAGGAAGAAACACAUUGAACGUUUUCGUUAAAGUCAUUUCACAUUUAUGGAGGUGAUAAACUAAUGUUACUGAUGUCUUGAGGUUUGGGGUAUCAGCUUUUAUUCUUCCUUGCAGCAUAAAGUAUUUUAUGAUCCAGGUAACAGGUUGUCAAUACAGCUGUAGGUGAUGCUGACUGUGCGGCUUGUUUGCAGAAAAAGAGAAACAAACAGCUCAGUGAUUCAAUGUUUUGGUUGCUGUUUGGCUUCAGCUCUCAUUCACAGCAGACACAAAGAAUUCAAACAAUGUUUUAUGUAAAAACAAAAUUUAAUGCAAACAUUUGUAUUAACACUUACUGUAUAUGAAAAGGUUACAUCACUUCUCAGGUGUAUAUUUUUUUUCUUACAAACAUAGUACCUGUUCAACAUACGAGGUAAGACUGAAGCACCACAACUGGGCUCUACGUAUAAAAAAAAAUCUCUCCUAAUACAGAGAGUGUAUAAGGUGAGGUACAACCCAGUGUACCAGUGAAUGUUCCCGAAGCUCAGGUUUCCUCUGAUUCAACACUGAACACUAACACACAAACAUUUUAUUUCUGAGAUCAACAAGAUCGAUUAUUGAUUUUCCUAUGAUCUCCAUUUCUUGUUAGCUCAUUCGGUCUUCACUGAUAAGAAACUGCAGUGAAAGAGUACACAUUGUGUGUUUAAGUGCAAUAACUGUUUGCCCACAGUCGCACGUAAUCAUGAAAUUCCAGGACUCCAGCUGUGCUUACAGCAGGCCCCUUAUUCAUACUACGGAUGUUGGCCGUGAAGUUCAGAUGUGUACUAAGAAGUGAUUAGUGGCUCAGUGAGCUAUGUUGAGCCGUGUCAUCAAAGUGGCUCUCUCUCAACCUGCCAAAAUCACCAUGGUAACUUAUGAUAAACACAUCACAUCAUUUCUUUUUUUAAAUCAUCUGGAAGUGCCAUGUUUGUAAUGAAUCGUUUACAUGUUUUUAGGUGCAUUUGAGAUUUUUUGCUGGCAGAA